AUGCUGGUUAUGCUGAGGGAACAAAAGAAGGCGUCACUACCCGCACUGCGUUUGUUGGACAGCAGUAACAGGAAGAACACGCUCUUCUUGCAGCGCAUACGACAAGCGAGGGGAAGUCGCGGGCGCAUGCUACACGCACCCCAUUCUCAUAGUAGCAUCUUAGCAUCUUAUAUUGCGCCCGGUUCGAAAGCAAUGCCAUUCGUACCGAGGGUUGUG